AUGGGGGCUCUGGCUACAGGCCACGGCGAGGUGGUCUUCAAUACGAGCAUGACCGGCUACCAGGAGGUUUUGACCGAUCCUUCCUAUGCUGGUCAACUGGUUACCUUGACUUAUCCUCUGGUGGGAAAUUACGGUAUCAAUCCGCAGGAUUUUGAGUCGGCGAAGAUACGGGUGGCGGGCCUUAUCGUCAGGGAACACUGUGACCGUCCCAGCCACGGCCAGAGCGACCGGACGCUGGACGAAUACCUCAAGGCGCAGAACAUCCCUGGCAUCUGCGGGGUGGACACCCGGGCCAUUACCAGGCGACUACGACAACAUGGCGUGAUGAUGGGUCUGUUGACUACCGAAUCUCCUGAAGCGGCUGUAGCUCAGUUGGCCGAAAUGCCCCGGUACGAUGACCAGGACCUUGUGAGGACAGUUACCACAGAAGCCCAGUACCGAUGGGACGGGGAACCAGUGACUUUGGAAGCUCUUCCAUUGACUGCGUCUGGAAAUAUUUCUCGGCCAACCCUAGUCGUAGGGUCUCCAGGUGAAAAUAGCGGUGAAACGCAAGAACCUCGCCCCCGCAUCCUCGUAACCGAUGUGGGGGUGAAGUACAACAUCCUGCGGUUGCUGCAGGAGCGUGGCUGCGAAGUCAUCGCCAUGCCAGCGGCUACCUCCGCCGAAGAUAUGCUCGCAAUGAAUCCGUCAGGAAUCCUGCUGUCCCCCGGGCCCGGCGACCCACAGUUGCUGGACUACGUGGUAGACAACGUGCGGCAGGUACUGGGCCGCGUGCCGGUGAUGGGCAUCUGUUUGGGGCACCAGUUGGUGGCCCGGGCCCUGGGGGGCCAGACCUACAAGCUGCCCUUCGGCCACCGGGGCGGCAACCAUCCGGUGCAGGAUAUGUCAUCUGGUCGGGUGUAUAUAACCGCCCAGAAUCACGGAUUUGCGGUAGACCCGGACACCUUGCCCGCGGGUCUGGAGGUGUCCCACAUAAAUCUGAACGACGGUACCGUCGAGGGUACCCGCCACCGGGAUAUGCCUCUGUUCACGAUUCAAUACCAUUCAGAGGCGUCGCCCGGCCCUAGGGACAACGAGUAUAUUUUCGACCAGUUCCUGGGAAUGGUUAAGGAGUUCAACCACUAG